AUGGCCGUGGAGGCGGCGGUGGCGGUGGCAGCCGGGGCGGCGACGCGGAGGUCGGUGGCUAUCUUUCUCUCCGAUGGGUCGACCACGACUGCGGAUGCUCCUAAGGAAGGACGGGAAUUAAUCAAAUCAACCAACCGCGUCUUCUGGAAGGAAAGGAUGUCCAACACAAACGAACACCAGGGGAGAACCGGAGAGGGAGCGCGACCGCUGUCUGGCGGGGGCGGGCUUGUCCGCCUCGGACGGAGCGGCGGCGGAGGCAGGGAGGGGUCUCCUGGGCUUGUUCUCCCUCGGCGACCGAAGCGGGGCCUCGGGGCACCGGGCAGGGAGUGUGGUGAUGGUGGAGGAGCAGGCGGCGGGCCGCGGCAGGAGUCGCUGUGCGUGCGCGCGUGGAGGGUGGAGGCCGCCGAUUGCGCUGACUGCUGGGAAAGGCCCAUCCGGCCAUCCCCAAGCCCAAAUGUUCCGGGGCCCACUGCUCCCGCCUUGCCCGUGGCUCCCACCAACCCGACCGGAUGA